AACCAGUAUUCUUCACACUUUCAAUUACUAAACUGUCAUAAUUAACAGAUUAUCAUUUUCCAGUCUUUUAGACCAGCGUUUGCUGUCUCAAUUUUGAACUUCAUUUUUUUAAUGAAGCCUUACUUAACGAAGCAGUGCAGUGUGUGUAUUUACGUUCGCGCCUGAUUUAUUGUCUUUGAUACUUUGAAAGAAAACUUUUAAGGAGUGGAAAACAGAAAAAUAUGGAAUUUAAUAUUUUGUUCAUCUAUGCCAUGGCGUGCAUCGCUUACGUCCAUUCGCUUGGAACUAAUGAAGUAUUGACUUAUCUUUCUAAAUACAACUAUUUCGCAUCAAAUGAUCUGUCGAGUGGCCAUCUUAGAAGUCAGAGUUCUCUCAAUGAUGCUAUUAGGCUAUUUCAGAGAAUAAAUGGACUAAACGAAACAGGAAUUAUCGACGCAAACGUGCAAAGAUUGAUGCAAAUGCCCCGGUGCGGUUUGCCGGAUAACACCGGUUCCCAAGCCAUAAACCGAGCACGACGCUACGCACUAUCCGACAACAAGUGGUACAAGAAAGACCUGACAUGGAAACUGGAGAACACUACACCGGAUCUAACGAGGCAACGUGUACAAGCGAUCAUUGCCAGAGCACUCAAGCAUUGGUCCGACGCAUCCCAGCUGACCUUUCGCGAGGUGCAAUCCGGCGAUGCCGACCUCGUCAUCAAGUUCACCAGGGGCGAUCACGGGGACGGCAAUCCCUUCGACGGCCCCGGGAAUGUCUUGGCGCAUGCGUUCUUCCCCACAACCGAUCGCAGGUACAGCAUCUCCGGCGAUGCCCAUUUCGACGAGGAUGAGAGGUACACCGAAAACACUGAUUUAGGCACCAACCUCUUCCAGGUCGCAGUUCAUGAAUUUGGUCACAGUUUCGGUCUCGGCCACUCCAACUCUCCCGAUGCCAUCAUGGCCGCUAUCUACCGCGGAUACGUGCCGAAUGCAAAGCUACACAGAGAUGACAUCGCUGGGAUACAGGCCCUCUACGGUGCAAACUCUGGCACACCGGAAGUAAAAGGAACAGAAGGACCCAAAGCCACAGGGAGCUGUGUUGCUAACUUUGUCGCGGCUGCUCAAACUCUUUCUGCUGGAUCUUUUAUGUUCAACGACACUCACGCAUUUUUGAUGGAUAUUUACGGGUUGGUGACUGAUCCCGAGCCUAUAUCAAGCGUCUUCCGAGGUCUUCCAACGAAUCUAGAUGCUGCCUUCUAUUACGAGAACACCGGAAAAACUUAUUUCUUCAAGGGAUCAUUGUAUUGGCGGUUUACGGAUUUACAAAUGGACCGCGGAUAUCCAAAUAGGAUCCGAGUCGGAUUUGGAGGUGGAAUACCCGAUGAUAUAGACGCAGCCUUUGUAUGGAGUGGAAAUGGAAUGACUUAUUUUGUUAAAGGUGCGAACUAUUACCGGUACAACUUCCGGACAUCCUCGGUCGAUCCCGGAUACCCGAAACCAUUAUCCAUCUGGAACGGAAUCGGCACCAAGGUCGACGCAGCCUUCCAGUUCGAAAACAAACUGACCUACUUCUUCACGGAUGGAGAAUACCGCCGGUUCGACGACAACAACUUCAAGGUCGCAACCGAUUAUCCGCAGCGUUCGACCCGGUGGCUGAAAUGCGAAGAGAUGGCCAUUGUCGCGUCACCUGGCCCGACAACGGAAGGAAACAUGACCUCCGAUGAUGGGAAUGAUGGGUCAAGUGCUUCGAAGGAAGGGGUCAGCAUUCUUGCUCUCUGCGCAUGCGUAGUUUUAACUAUAAUGCGGCUACAAAUCUUUCAAUAGCAAGUAUAGAUACUAGUAGACAGAUUUAAAGACAUAUUUUUCUUUGAUUCUUCAUACCGGGGCUUGGAGGACUAGGUAGGCAUACGCCUUAAUUAUUCUUCCCAUCUCCAGCGUUAAUAUAUGAAAGAGAAAUAAACAAGUACUGAAAAACACUCAUAUUCAAAUAUGAUUGCAACGAAAGAUUCUUGAAAAUAUAUGGAAGUACUACAGUAUAUUCGUGCCUUGUCUUAUUAUCAUGGAUUUUCCAGUCAUUAUUGUUCUUGCACUAAAUAAUUGUUAUAAUCAUCAUAAUGACGCUAUUUUAUUUAUUAUUCGAAAUACAUGUAGAUGAUGAUCGAACAAUUUUAUGAAGCAAAAAAAAUGUUCACAAUUAUUUGAUGCUUGCCUUUAGUGAAAUGGGAAGACAAAAACUAGGGUUGGUACUUGGAAGUCUUUCAGAAUCGCUUUUUUUAUUCGAUGCUUGUAAAAAAAUAGACCACACUCGUAUCAAUUGGUAGGGCCUUAUAGCAGGGCCCAAAACUAUAUCAUUAGCUUACUAGAAAUUUGAAAUAUAUACUUCUAAGUUGGUGUUAUGCAAUGAUGUAUGUGCUGCCAAAAUAUCAGUCUAUAUAUCGUUGACUCCCCUUCCAUUCAUCUUUAAACUAAUUUUAAUGGUUAUUUUUAUUUGUAUCCCUUUUUUACGAUCAACUUCAAAAUGUCAGUGUUUCAGUACAUAAGAAAGAUGUAAAUAGAUGUAAAUAAACCGAAAGACUAAUUUGGUAUCGCCAGGGUGCUUAUUACCACGUUAAAUGGUUUCAAUCUUAAAUUGUAAUUUCACUGAAACGUAGUCAUGUUUUAUGCUACAGACCCACCAACGAAACCGAUUCCAAACCGACCGAUUGUAUGUAAUUGGAAAUAACGUAAUAUGUGUGAUCGGUAUGGGGUCGAUUUCGUUCGUGUGUCUGUGGCCUAAUGGAGAUUCGUUAGGAUUACUGAUUUCUUAAAUAACUUGAUGAAGUUGAAAUGUUUAAAUAAGCAAUAUUUCUCUUGAUCGAGUGUGUUAACUGACAACGAUGUCGGAAUUUACAAAUCUAAUAUCAGUGUUGUAAUAUAUUUUGAAUAUGUAUAUAGUGAAUAUAUUUUCCCAUCUCAAUGAAGGCCGCAAUAAAAUGUUGGUAGGUCUAAACGAUAUUUAUGUUAUAGUAUUGUUAAUUGAUUUUUAAAUCAAUUUUCAUAAAUUCCUCGUGGAAUGCAAUAAUUAUGUACUGUGUUUUUCAUGUUUGUAUAUUUCUAAUAAAUGAUUUACAAAAUCUA